CGAGUACCAGGGCCUGGUGAAGCACACGGGGGGCUGCCACUGCGGAGCAGUUCGUUUCGAAGUCUGGGCCUCAGCCGACCUGCACAUCUUUGACUGCAACUGCAGCAUUUGCAAGAAGAAGCAGAAUAGACACUUCAUUGUUCCAGCUUCUCGCUUCAAGCUCCUGAAGGGAGCCGAGAGCAUAACCACUUACACAUUCAAUACACACAAAGCCCAGCACACCUUCUGUAAGCGAUGUGGUGUUCAGAGCUUCUAUACUCCACGGUCAAACCCUGGAGGCUUUGGAAUCGCCCCCCACUGCCUGGACGAGGGCACCGUCCGGAGUGUGGUCACCGAGGAAUUCAACGGCAGCGACUGGGAGAAAGCCAUGAAGGAACAUAAGACCAUCAAGAACAUGUCUAAAGAGUGAGCUUCUGCCUCUCCCAGGAAAAGAGGAGUGGUGGGCGCCAGGCGUGUCGCUGUCCCUGGUGCACGGUGGUGGCGCCCCUGAAUGUGGCUGACCCAGGCUGCUGGUUCCGUUGGCCGGUGGCCAUCUCGAUCUCUGCAGUUUGCUUCAGCUACCAGUUUCUUUAGGCAGCUCUCUGUCCUUCCUCAACCCGGAUUUUGACGUAGGCUAGCUGACAUUUUUCCUUCUCUUCCCAACUUUUGUGUGAUCUUUUAGAAAGAAAAAAAUAAAUAUUUUUAACAUUAAA